AUGCAGGACGACGAAUACCAUUCAAUGCUACAGAAACUUAAUAAAGAACAAAAAGAGUUCUUUGCUCAUGCUCUACACUUAAUUAAAACAUCAGACAGACCAUUUUAUGCUUUUCUUAGUGGAGGAGGAGGUGUUGGUAAAUCCCAUUUAACCAAAUCAAUUUAUCAAGCUGCGCUAAAAUAUUAUAAUUCUCGUCAAGGUGAAGAUUUUCAUCAAGUUAACAUUUUACUUUUAGCUCCAACAGGAAAAGCUGCAUUUCUCAUCAAAGGUAAUACGAUUCAUAGUGCCCUUGCUAUACCAGCAAGUCAGUCUUUAAAGAAUUACAGACAACUUGACUCGAGUCGGUUAAACACUCUGCGAAGCCUACUAGGUGGUGUUAAACUAAUUUUGUUGGAUGAAAUAUCAAUGGUUGGAAACAACAUGUUCACUGUUCAAAUAAACAACCGACUGAAGGAUAUAAAAGGUAGCAAAGAAGAUUUUGGUGGUGUUAACAUAAUCGCGAUUGGCGAUUUAUUUCAGUUACAACCUGUCUUUGAUGGAUAUGUUUACAAUGAUAUUCAAGAUUCUGAGUAUAGCAUUCUGUCACCUAAUUUAUGGAAAAAACACUUCACGAUGUACGAACUAAAAGAAAUAAUGAGACAACGCGAGAGCAAAGUAUUUGCUGAGAUUUUGAAUCGCUUACGAGAAGGGCAACACACUCAGGACGACAUUGCCAAAAUCAAAGAAAGAUUUGUUAACGACAGUAACUGUCCGAAGGAAGCUCCCCGAAUGUUUAUACAAAAUGCCAAAGUUGAUGAAUAUAAUGGAACAGUUUAUCAUGCAUCUACUGGAAAAAAGUAUAUCAUCAUAGCACAAGACAGUGUUAUUGGAGCGAAUUCUGCUGAACUAAGAGAUAAAAUACUACGACAAGUUCCUUUCCUAUCAACAAGAAAUACGAAGCAACUGGCAAGAAACCUUGCUCUUGCAGAAGGGGAAAGGACAGAAAUAGCUCUAAACGUGAGAACUGACGAUGGUUUGACAAAUGGUGCUAGUAAUGUUAUACGGUUAGUUCAACUGUAUCAACCUGAGAAACCUUCAGGAAUAAUUUGGGUACAAUUUGACGAUGAAGAUGUUGGCAAAAAGACAAGACAGGAAAAUAGACGACUUUAUGUUCAAGGUAUCAAGGUGACAUGGACACCAAUAAAAGCAGUUACUUCGCAAUUUGCAGUUGGUAGAAAUAAGUCAGCUCAAGUGGUGAGAAAACAAUUUCCGUUGCGACCAGCAGCUGCAAAAACUGUACACAGAUCUCAAGGGGAUACUCAGUCUAAAAUUGUUGUAAAUCUCGAUACUAAAAGAGCAAUUCCUCAUAUUCACUAUGUCGCACUUAGUAGAGUUACUAGCAUUGAUGGUUUAUAUGUCACUGGCUUGUGCGAAAACAAAAUUGCUGUUGAUCCAAAGGUGACAGCUGAAAUGGAAGAUUUAAGAAGAGAAAGAAGAUUACAGCUUUGUUUUACACCACUCUACAACAUCGAUCCAGGCUGUCUGAAAAUUUGUUAUUUAAACGCUCGUUCGCUACACAAACACAUUAACGAUGUUCGAAAAGACUUCAAUUUUAUGUCUGCUCAUUUGGCUAUAUUUUCGGAAGCAAGAUUCAGCCCGUAUGAAGAAGAUGAUAUAUACAGUUUUCGUGGUUUCCAAUUAUUCUGA